AUGUCGCGUGGAACAUUUUACAUUAGCAGCUAUACUUUUUUCUUGACAUACUCUUAUUGUCCAUUGGAAAAGGAAACUAUAUUGGACAAUUUAAUUGAUAUGCUCGAGGAAUACUAUGUCACAAAAUAUAUUAUCGCUAAGGAAUUCCAUCGAAAUGGCUUUGCUCAUAUUCACGUUUGGCUCAGAUGUAAACGGCCUAUUCAAACGAGAAAUGAGAGUGGAAGCAAAAGUGGAAAGCGUAAUGUUUUAACGAACUUACAACGUUACCAGCUUUGCCAAAUGAAAAAGGACAAUCUAGUUUUACAGGUUGACUACAAAUUGGUAACCGAUGAAGAAAUUGUUACAUCAGUUUUAAAUGCAGAAAAUGAAGAUAAUGAAUCAAAUGAAGAUGAGACUAUUAUUCCUAUUUCAUGUUCGAAAGCAAUUAUGAAUAUUAAUGAGCUUCUUACAUUUAUCAAUAGUGUUCCAGAGAGUUUUUCUGUGAAUAAUAAUACCAUCCAAGUUUUAAAUACAUUGCGUCGAGAUAUAGAAAAACUUUGGAUUGAUUCACAGCAACAAACUACUCUGGAUAAUUAUUUUGUAAAUUAG